UAGGAGUUAUACCACAACACAGAUCGAGAGAGAGAGAGAGAGAGCAGGGAAGAUGCUGUCAUAUGUCAGAGCCUUGUUGCUGGUGGCGAUCAUGCUUCCAGUGCUCGCGGAUGGGAGGACACGAAAAUACAAGUUCAAUGUGGCGGUGAAAAAAGUGACCCGGCUCUGCUACACCAAACCCAUCGUGACCGUGAACGGCCGAUUCCCUGGCCCAACACUGUAUGCUGAAGAAGGUGACAAUGUGCUCGUCGAGGUCGUCAACAACGUCAAGUACAACGUUACCAUCCACUGGCAUGGAGUGAGGCAGAUUCGAACUGGUUGGGCCGACGGACCGGCCUACAUCACCCAGUGCCCAAUUCAGCCAGGCCACAGCUACGUGUACAACUUCACCAUCACGGGCCAGAGGGGCACCCUCUUCUGGCAUGCGCACAUCCUGUGGCUCAGGGCCACGGUUCACGGUGCCAUCGUCGUCUUGCCCAAACCCAAUGUUCCCUAUCCUUUCCCCGCUCCACAAAAGGAGGAGGUCAUCAUCUUGGGUGAAUGGUGGAAGUCGGACACCGAAGCCGUCAUCAACGAGGCUCUGAAAUCUGGUCUGGCGCCCAAUGUUUCUGAUGCUCACAUAAUCAACGGUCAUCCAGGCCCUAUGUCCGAUUGUCCUACUUCCAAAGGGUUCCAGCUAACAGUGGACAGCGGCAAGACAUACUUGCUCCGAAUCGUCAACGCUGCUCUCAAUGAGGAGCUCUUCUUCAAGGUGGCCGGCCACCAGCUGACCGUCGUCGAGGUCGACGCGUGCUACACCAAGCCCUUCAAGACCGACACCAUACUCAUCACUCCGGGCCAGACCACCAACGUCCUUCUCACCGCCGAUCAAGGGGCCGGCAGCUACCUGGUCACCGCCUCCCCUUUCAUGGACUCGCCGAUCGCGGUGGACAACAAGACCGCCAUGGCCACCGUGCACUACACCAACUCCGUGGCCACCGCCGACCUCACCACCACCAAUCCACCACCUCAGAAUGCGACCCCUGUCGCCUCCAAGUUCAUCGAUUCCCUCCGCAGCCUAAACUCCGAGCAGUAUCCCGCCAGAGUGCCGUUGACGGUGGACCACUCCCUUCUCUUCACCGUGGGUCUUGGCGUCAACCCGUGCCCGACGUGCGUUAAUGGGAGCCGGGUCGUGGCCGACAUGAACAACGUAAGCUUCACCAUGCCGACCACCGCCAUCCUCCAAGCUCAUUAUUUCAACAUAAGCGGGGUGUUCGCCGACGACUUCCCGGGAAAGCCGCCGAUAGCUUUCAACUACACCGGCGGCGGCCCCAAAAACAUGCAGACCAUGAGCGGGACUCGGGUCUAUCGCCUUGCUUUCAAUUCCACGGUGCAACUGGUUCUCCAGGACACGGGCAUUAUAGCACCGGAGAACCACCCCAUCCAUCUGCAUGGCUUCAAUUUUUUCGCAGUCGGAAGGGGUCUCGGGAAUUAUAAUCCAAAUACGUCUCCCUCCAAGUUCAAUCUUGUCGAUCCCGUCGAAAGGAACACCAUUGGAGUUCCCUCUGGGGGAUGGACUGCCAUAAGAUUCCAGGCGGAUAACCCAGGUGUUUGGUUCAUGCACUGCCAUUUGGAGGUGCACACGACGUGGGGGCUCAAGAUGGCAUUUGUGGUGGACAACGGGGAAGGACCGAACGAGUCUCUGAUACCACCCCCAAACGACCUUCCACCUUGUUAAUUAGAAAGGGCCCAAGCCCGCCUGAUAUAAUUAUGCUCUCUAGGAUCAGCGGAAGUGCCAAUGACCGGAAGGGGAAUUUUGGGAGUGUUCUUCUUUUUCCUUUUUUCUGGAUUGAUUCGAUUACGUCUAAAUAUUUCAAUGUUGUUUGAACGUAAUCAUGAAAUUUUAAAACAAUCAUGAAAUUUAUUGUUGACUCUCUUCGGAGCAUAAUUUUAUGCAUCCA